AUGGCAACUGCUUCGGUGACUACUCCGAAGAAGAGCCACCAUGGCCUCUUUUCCUCCAAGACUGCAGGAGGUCGAAUGCCCUUGACUCCUUCUCCUCACACGCGCCCUGCUGCUGUCACUCCGCAGGCACAGGGUAACGAAUCGCCAUUCACUCCGGUUCGUGGUUCCGAAGGAAACCGCAGCCAGUCUCAAUCAGUUUAUGGCGGAAACCUGUCCUCGCUCUUCGCCAAAUCCUCUACUUCCAAGUCCACUACCGUCAAAUCUUCCACUGCGAAGUCGUCGACUACCAAAUCUACCUCUACUGUCAAGUCUUCUGCUACAGCUAAAUCAUCUCGGUCGACCUACCGUGACUCCCCGAAAUCGAAUAUUGCACGACGGAAGUCACCGAAACACCUGGAACUGGGUGUUUCUGACUGGUCCUUGACCGGUACUGGCCCUUCGUCAGCUCAAUCUCCGGCCAAGGAGCGCUCUCGACGGGAAAUUCCUACUAGGUCUCGCACCGGCAAGACUACCGUGCGGAUUCCUCACAAUACCGGCGACCGAUUCAUUCCCAACCGGACCGCCAGUGAAGGUCUUGUUACCUCUGGUGCCGCCAAGCCUGAAGAAAGCCAGCGUCCCAAGACAAGCAGCGGAGAGGCGUCCGGAUCGAACGUUCUUGCCUCGGCUGCUAGUGCUUUUGACAUCAACGGCCGCGCGGCGGAAGACGAGUUGACCUCUGCUUUGGAGAACAUGGGUCUGGAAGACAAUGAGUCCACCAAUUACACUCGGCCAGCGCCCGACAAGGUUGCUUACGAGUCAUCCCUGGCGAGCGCCUGCGAUAUCAACUUGAACACUCGUAUUCUCGCCUUCAAGCCCCCUCCACCGGAGUCAUCGAAGCCUAUUGAUCUCCGUGCUCAGUACAACCGCCCUCUUCGUCCUGCCAAAUCAAACGCUGCUCAAUUCCGUCGUCGUGUUCAGACCGCCCCUGAGCGAGUUUUGGAUGCCCCUGGUCUUUUGGAUGAUUACUAUCUGAACCUUCUGGACUGGAGCUCUGGCAACCAAGUUGCUAUUGGUCUAGAGCGCAACGUCUACGUCUGGUCUGCCGAGUCUGGGACCGUCAACUGUCUCCUGGAGACUUCCCCUGACACUUACGUGAGCAGUGUGAAGUGGAGUGGCGAUGGUGCUUACGUUGGUGUUGGUUUGGGCACUGGUGAGGUCCAAAUCUGGGAUGUUGAGGAGGGUAGCAAACUGCGCAGCAUGCACGGUCACGACACCCGCGUCGGAGUCAUGGGUUGGUCCAAGCACACUCUAUCCACCGGUGCGCGGAGUGGCCUUGUUUUCAACCACGAUGUUCGCAUCGCCGAUCACAAAGUGGCUGAGCUUGUCUCCCACACUUCAGAGGUCUGUGGAUUGGAGUGGCGUUCAGAUGGGGCUCAACUUGCGACUGGUGGCAACGAUAACCUCGUCAACAUCUGGGAUGCUCGUUCGCUCAGUGCUCCCAAGUUCACCAAAACCAACCAUCGCGCUGCUGUCAAGGCACUGAGCUGGUGUCCCUGGCAACUCAACCUGCUGGCCACUGGUGGUGGUUCCUACGAUCGUCACAUCCACUUCUGGAACACCACAACUGGUGCCCGUACCAACAGCAUCGAUACUGGUUCACAGGUAACCAGCCUCCGGUGGAGCAACCACUACCGCGAGAUUGUUAGCUCCAGUGGUUUCCCUGACAACUCUCUGAGCAUCUGGAGCUACCCAACCCUGGUGCGCAAUGUGGAAAUCCCUGCACACGAGACCCGUGUUCUUCACAGCGCUCUGAGCCCUGAUGGCCAGAUGCUAGCUACUACGGCUGCGGACGAGAGCUUGAAGUUCUGGAAGGUCUUUGAGCGUAAGGCUGGUAGCAGUGCUGCGGCAUCUCGGGAAGGUAGCGUUGGUAGCAAGGCCCAGCUUACCAAGGCUAUGACCAUCCGCUAA